UACCUCUUUAAUCAGUUUCCUAGAGAGGUGAAGGGACUAGUUCAACUUGAUAGAUGGCAACUGCCAAGUAUUAGAAGGAGAUUCAACAAAGCUAAUUUUUUUGUUAGUUGAACUUGCUCUUAGUAUAGUAGCAAGGAAACCAGUAUAGUAGAAUCUCUUUCUUUUCUGGGAAAGAUUGAUUUGUUCAAUCUUUCUUUUGGAGGACAGGUCCAUUUUCCCCUUCAAUGUUGUAAGUUUUUGUGGAAUAUAUAGACAUGGUAGGGGUCAAGCCAAACCUUCCAUAAUGAAAGGCAAUGCCCGAGGUUACUGGCUUGAAUGGGGAAAAAAAUGCUUCAUGGAAGGCUCUAAAGGCUGACAAAGACGCCGAGAAGGACCUGGUACCCCACCCUGGAGGUCUUCAAGGCAUGCUGGAUUUAGGCGACGGGAGGUUCUAAAGAGCGCCAUGGCGGCCAGUCCACGACCACUGACUUAAGGAAUGCCACAAGCGAGUUUAGGGGUUCUUGAAGAUUCCUUGGCAGUAAAUAGGAGGGGGACUCCCCAUUUUUAAACGAUCUAGUCAGCAAGUCCAACUAGAAAGGUGAGUGUACUACUGAGGUGUUUCAAGUGUGUAGCGAAUCUAGUGAGUCUUGUGUUAAAUAGUUGUAAAUCGAAACACACUUGCUUCUCCACACCUUGGAAACUUCUCUACUAGAUAUAUUGUCAUCUUGCACCUAAGGGUGCGACUUAGUAGUCAAUGAAGUGGGUUGAGCACCAUGAGGUGUCAGGUUCGAUUCCCAGCAGAGACGAAACACUAGGUGAUUUCUUUCCAUCUGUUCUAGCCUUUGUGGACGGAGUUAUCUGGUAUCUGGUGGGAGGUGGCAUGUAUCCCGUGAAAUUAGUCGAGGUGCGCGCUAGCUGGAAUAGAUACCACACUUAUCAAAAAAAAUAUUUAUUGCCAUCUUCACACAAACAUAGCGAGCUUGCUAUGGGUAUUGACGAUUGUGAGAGUCAAGCCACACUUUUGAGUAACCUAGCGUUUAUCAAGGGGAUACUCUUGCUAGGUGAUGCUAUAACGAGUCUAGGCCAAUGACACUAAGCUGCUGUAAACGUUUGGAGCAUGAUGAUUCAACCUGUUCUACUAAUCUUUUUCAUCCUCCUCUCCGCUGAUAAAGCAAAGGAAGCAAAAAAAAAAAAAAAAAAAAAAAGUCCAUAGCUUAAGACAUGAUAAUUAUCUAUUGUACCAAUGGUAUUGUUGUAUUCCAUUGUUAUGGCAACAUGUGAUAUUGUCCUUCCUAGUUAUGAAAGAUGUUCCAAUUUUAACCCACUCUCAACUACUUGAAGAGUUCCAGAGUUGCUUAUGUUCUUAUUAGAAUAGUUUGUCAUUCAAAGUUCGGUUUUGCUAUUUGCUGCUGUUCAAAAGAAAGGGGAAAAGACUAACAUGAAGGAUUUUGCAGCAUGCAGGAUAUAAUGGAGCGUUAUAAGAGGCAUGCUAAAGACAGAAUUCAACCUGAAAACGAAGGUGUGGCACAGAAUCUGCAGCAUGAGGCAGCAAGUUUAAUGAAGAAGAUAGAGCUUCUUGAAACAUCAAAAAGGAAACUCUUGGGAGAAGGUCUGCAUUCCUGUACCCUUCAAGAACUACAACAGAUAGAAAAACAGUUGGAACGGAGUGUCAGCACCAUACGGGCACGAAAGAUUCAAGUUUUCAAGGAACAGGUUCAGCGACUAAAAGAAAAGGAGAAAAUCCUUGAUGCUGAAAAUGCAAUGCUGAGGGAGAAGUUUGGUGGCUUUCAACAGAGACAAACACCAAGUGGGGAGAAGGAAGGAGAAGCUCUUUGUACAGAGAGUAGCGAAAAAUCGGAUGUGGAGACUGAAUUGUUUAUAGGACCACCAGAGUGCAGAAUAAGGCAUCCAUUACAGAAUUGACCGGUUAAACAUAUUCUGCCCUAUCUGCAUUUAAGGGUGUAUAAUCAAUUGUCAAAUAGUCGUUAGGCUAAAUAAAUGUGCAUUUGAGCAAGCAAACUAAUUAGGCUUAUGUCUCUUUGGCGCAUCUGAUGGAACUUAUAUUUCCUUUGACACUCUUAGUAAUGAACUCCUCUAUUUAUGAUGUUAAGCACCUGCUUGCUGCUUUCAUAUUUGUAGGACAGCUAUAAUAAAACUUAACAAUAUUCUAAUAGUUGUUUAUGGUAUAUAUCAGGAAAAUCUUAAGCA